CUUCUUACUUCGAUGUAUAUACUGGCGACGGUAGCGCCUCGUUGUCGUUUAAUGCAACCAUGUCUGUCUCUGAUGAUUUUUUUCCUUCUUUGCUGCCUGAACCAAUUUUUUCCCCUGCAAAGUCCUUCCGCUUUGACCUCAGUCUCCACAAACUCCCCUCUGCCGCGAUCCCAACUCUACUGUACAUUUCUCCCCCUUCGGCUUCCUGAAGAGUCCUUUUUCGAGACACUGUCACCCGUUGAACAGGCCCUCGCUUGGCGAAGUUGUCUAUUGGUUUAUAUUGCUUCCCAUGGCACUAUUUUCCCGCGUGAUGAUCAAAUACGCGCUGCUCUGUGGUCUGCGCAAGGUCGGGAUAGUGUCGUAAUUGCACCUACUGGGUGGGGGAAGACGCUGUGUGUCUUGAUGCCGCUUCUGUUAUUUCCGACAACGACUUCAAUCACCGUGUCACCACUGAAACGCCUCCAAAUCAUGCAGGUAUGUCAUCUAUACUCUUUCUUUCAGUUUACUUAAUAGCAUGAAAGGCACGGUCCUUUGAACGUUUCCAUAUCCGAACUCUUUCAAUCAAUGAAGAUACCGAUCACUCUGACGAGCUCUGGAAGGUAUGUGUGGGGAUCUAGGGCGGAAAUUAGUAUUACUGGAGGCAGUAAGAUUUUCGAAGAAUGAAUUAUAGCUAGUUGGAAUAUUUAGGGACCUAUCCGAGGGAUUCAUGACAGUAAUACAGGAGGGAAACGUGUAAACGACGCUAUUUACGGUGGACGCGUCUCGGUCCGAAGCCCUCACGUGAGAUUCACAUGAUGCUGCCACAGCCACCCGCGCACCACUGGGAUUUCAAACUCAGAUUUACCAGUCUCUCUGAUCACACUUCCUUGCUUGCAACGUCAAGUGUCCAGAGAGACGGGUUACGAGUCUACGAGAUAUGAGG